AUGGCUCCCAGCAUGCAACCCCCGAGCAUCUUUGACGACUCCACCCGUACCCCUACGAAGCCCUCCGUCCUGCGGGCGAUUUGGUCCUCCAAGGCUCACAAACGGACGUCCUCUGCGGAUGAUGUCCUGGCCCCCCGGGGCAUCGAUAAAGGUCAGCCUCGUGGCAACCCAUUCGCGCCUCCCGUCGAUGGGCCCUACACCACUGCGGAUCAACAGCCACUGGCAGAAAUAGCCCCCAACCGGGAUGCAGCAGACGUUAGUUCAACCCAGCGAUCACCUGGAAAGCAAGGGAAACAUACUCUCCACAAGAAGACCAAAAGCGCUGUCUCACUGAAAUCUUUGAAGAGCUACAUGGAACGCAAGGACAAGUCGGAUGAGAUACCGGAUGACGACACGGCCAACUUUAAACCGAAGAAAGCAAAGUCGGCCAACAGUCUCUCGGCCAUCCUGAAACGAUCCCAACGCGGAAGAAAAGCAGAAAAUUCGAAAGGUGCCAGGGAUAAAGAGAACCGCAGCCCAUCGGAUCCUGUCGACAGCAUGCCCUCCCCGGCUUGGGGCCAAUACACGACACCGUACCACGACCAAUCUGAACUUACCGGGUCUCCGCACAAGCCUCGGACGCUGCAGGAAGAGGUCUCCCUCUACACCCCAAGAGAGUACGGUCCAGCGCUCCAGCGCAAUUUCUACGACUACGGACCGUCCCUCAGAACACGCGGAGACCCGAAACCUCGACCGAAAUCGGACUAUCUCGCGGGCAACCGCAAGGUGAAGGAACUCAUGGAUCCUAUAGAGGGUAUGUCGUCGAACAAGCCGGCCCCGGUUCAUCCACCCAAUUCUCCAUCGAAGAAGCAGGGAAGACCUCGGGCAUUGUCCCGGCCGGAAUACCAUCCCCCGGUGGAGGCCAGGCCGGAACAAAGCCCGAAAAGGGUCUCCCGUGUUCAAGCAGCAAUCUCGGCAUUCAAUGCGAAAGAGCAGCAAGUCGAGCUGCAAAAACGCAUGAAUCCCAAGGAUCUAGAAAGCGAGUUUGAAAAGCUCCUGGAUGCGCGAAACAUCCCUCAUAAUAUGAGGGAUAAGAUGAGGUCUUUGGAUACCAACAUCAAAGCCGACUUCAUCCGGAAGGAUCGAGCUGAGAACACGACGCCGCACAGCGCGAGUGCUAGUGCAACCGAUAGUACUGGCCGUCGGGGACGAAAGAAGGAGCCAAAGGAGGAGAGACAGGGCCAAGACAGCAAAGGAUCGCGCUCUCGAUCCCGCAGUCGGGGCUUUACGUUCUCCAAAGGCAACUCAUCGCCCAAAAAACAGCGCCCCGACAGCGGGAGCUUUUACAGACGCCCCAAAUCCGCUGACUAUUCGCAGCCCACAGGGUUCUCCAGGACCGGAACGCCGUCCGCUUCCACGACUUCCCUUGCCGCGACUGCUUGCGACACUGCCGCUGAUCCGUCGGACUUUGUUCAUUAUCUGCGAGAGAUCCAGAAACCAGAAAUGGUCGAGAUCGGGAAGAUGCACAAACUUCGGCUCCUCCUCCGAAAUGAAACGGUCAGCUGGGUUGACACUUUCAUUGCGGAUGGUGGCAUGGAUGAGGUUGUGCAGCUGCUCUACAGAAUCAUGAAGGUCGAAUGGAGGGAAGAGCAUGAAGAUAACUUACUUCACGAGACCUUGUUGUGUUUGAAAGCUCUUUGCACGACGUCCAUCGCGCUCCAACACCUCACCAACAUCGAAGACCAACUGUUUCCUGCACUGCUGAAAAUGCUAUUCGAUGAAGAGAAGAAGGGACCCAGCGAGUAUACCACCCGCGGGAUCAUCAUGAAUCUCCUGUUCACGCAGCUCUCCACGGUAUCAUCCGAUGAGAUGGCAGCCAGGCGUGCUUCCCGGAUUUUAUCCUACCUGCGCGACCCGGUGCCCCCGGAGGAGAGCCAACCGCUGAGUUUUAUCGCCAACAUAUACCAAUCGCGGCCCUACCGCAUCUGGUGCAAGGAGAUUACCAAUGUGACCAAAGAAGUGUUCUGGAUCUUCCUGCACCAUUUGAAUGUGGUCCCCAUUUUGAGAGAUGGUAAGCCUGGCACGACGUUCCGGGAGCGUCAUUUUCCUGCCCCCCGGCCUCCAGUGCCCGCCGCUCCAUAUGUCGGGGGCGUUGAGUGGGAUGCCACCAACUAUCUGGCUGCGCAUCUGGACCUCUUGAACGGCCUGGUGGCGUCCUUGCCGACGGUCGAAGAGCGCAACCAGCUGCGUGCUGAGUUCCGCGCGUCGGGAUUCGAGAAGGUCAUGGGCGGCACUAUGAGAACGUGCAAGGAGAAGUUUUACUCGUCGGUGCAUGACUGCCUGAAGACAUGGGUUGCUGCGGCCGUGGACGAUGGGUGGCCCUACGUAUCGGUCCGCGAAGGGCCUCCCCGGCCCGAGCCUGGAUCGCCGACGAAGUCCCCGAUCAAGACGCCUGGAAGCCCCAGGAAGGGAGUGUUGGACGAACCGCCUCCCAAGCUGGAACUUGCGCUGGAUGUUCCGGGUAGCGGGGUAGCUCAAGGCAACAGUGGCCUGGGCAAUUGGCUGUAG